GGGGCGGUGCGCAGGCGCGGCGCGCGGGCGGGCGGUGCGCGGCGCGCGGAGCGGCGCUCCCAUGAGCCGGCGCUGCCGCUCGGCCGCCGCCGCGCUGCUGCGGGGGCUCGCGGGCCCCGCCGCGCUGUGCCUGGGCAGCGCCAUGAGCCUCUGCGGGGCGCCGGCCGCCUGCGCCGCGGGGCCUGCGGGCGGCGGCGGCGGAGGGUUCUCCGCGGCGCGGCUGAGCCCGCCGUGGCUGCGGCUGCCCGAGGUGCCGGGCGCUGAGCCGCACCGCACCAACGAGCUGCUGCUGCUGCCGCCGCCGGCCCCGCGCGGCCCGGCCCCGUCGCCGCAGCACCACGUCGUGUACUUCCCGGGGGACGUGCAGAACUAUCAUGACAUCAUGUCUUGCCACCCAGAAAACUUUCAGUGGGAGCACUGGAGUUUUGAAAAUGUUGCUACCAUACUUGCUCGCCGGUUCCCCAAUAGCUUUAUUUGGGUCAUAAAGUGUUCUCGAAUGCACCUGCACAAAUUCAGUUGCUAUGACAAUUUUGUGACGAGUAACAUGUUUGGAGCACCAGAGCACAGCACUGACUUUGGAGCUUUCAAGCAUCUCCAUGCUUUGCUGGUUAAUGCAUUCAGACUCUCUCAGAAUAUUCUGCUGUCCCAGAAAAGUGUGCAUGGUGUCAGCAAAGAUGCAAAAACAGCUGCUUGUAAAUCACAGCCGCAGUCUGUUCCUACAACAAAUGGCUGCUCGUCCAAAGAAAGGGAGAGAGAUUGUGAAUGCUCCAAUAAUUCUGCUGUGAACGUCAUGGUACCGUCUGCUGUAGGUGCAGCAUCGUUUACUUUGAUUGGCUUCAGUAAAGGUUGUGUGGUUUUGAACCAGCUGCUUUAUGAGCUGAAGGAAGCCAAAAAAGACAAGAAUACAGAUGCCUUCUUAAAAAACAUAAAAGCAAUUUACUGGCUGGAUGGUGGUCACUCAGGAGGAAGCAACACUUGGGUUACUUACCCUGAAAUGCUGAAAGAACUUGCAGAGACAGGAAUUAAAGUUCAUGCUCACGUUACACCGUACCAAGUGUUUGACACAAUGAGGUCAUGGAUUGGGAGAGAGCAUGAGAAAUUUGUACAGCUCCUUGAAGAAUUUGGUGUGGAAAUAAAUGAUCAACUGCAUUUUGCUGAUGAAGUUCCUUCCUUAGACAACCAUUUCAGAGUUCAUGAAGUAUUUUGAGACUGUAUGUAUAUGAACACUAUAUUCUUUGUAGAAGCACUUUUAACACUGUAAAUGUUGUCAUCUGGAAUUUCAGCUUUGAGCAGAUGCUUUCUAAACAGAAUACUAAAUCAGUUCUGUGUUGCUAAUAGCUACUAUAUAUAAUUUUCUGUAGCUUAAAAAGGCUUAUUGGGACCCCAUAACUAUAACAGAUGUUGUUUUUUGAUUCCUGGGAAAAAAGUGUUAUGAAGAACAAUCCUAUGCAUGUUUUUUUUGUUAAAUGUAAAUGUUUAUUCUUAAACUGUUGGCAGAGUUUUUAGUCCUGGAUGUCUAAUAUCAUAGACUGCAUUUAAUGGGACUUUAAAGUACUUGAGAAUUUCAGAUGUGUAGAUAGUCCAGUUGAGUGGCUUCCAGGGCAAAAAUUAUUGCUCUUUGUCAAUAACAGAUGUAAGGUUAGUUUUUUGGCUUAAGGAAAUUGAUUGUAAGAAGAAUGUUAGUUAUAUAUUUUGCAGAGACCUGUUUUAUUAGGUAAUUAAAUCUUACAGUUUUGUAACAUUUCUCCUGUUUGAAACAAAGUCACCAAUACUCACCUUUGGAAUAAUAGUGCCAAUGCAUUUCUCUUCCUUAUGUGCGGCUUGCCAUUUCUGUCACUCUAAAGUUUGAUUAAUUAAUUGUGUAGUAUCUGGUAGUGAACAGCCAUUUCACCUGGGGAAAAUUGUGAUGUAGCUACGUUAAGUGACCAGGAAUGUAGAUUAGGGUGUAGCUUAUGUUUCAAGAUACCUUGCUGUUGCUUUGCUAAAUUCUGUGAGGACCAGCAGUAAUACCUUCAUUAUCACAUCAAGAGAUGACAUCCCUACUGUGGGAUGGCAAGAUUUUACUUGGUAAUUGCUGCAUUGAUGUUGCUCUUAAUCAAGCCAUAAGCACAUAAUCUAUUACAAGUUGCAUUAAAAAAAUUCAGACUGUGUUGACUGUAGCUCUUUCAAAAUGCCUCAGUUUUAAAAUCUGUUAUCUCCUUUAAAUGUACUGCAGUAGUUGCUUCUAGAGCCAUCCAAAAACCUUAUUUUUGGAGCCUAAUUUUUCGUACAGAAAAAAAAAAAAAACCCUCUAAGUAGAAAGCCAGCCAGAUUUGGUACAAAAUAUGUAAUCUGGUUCAGACACCAAACCUGAGUGUACUUAAGAAAGAAAUGCUGAAAGACGGACAGUGAUGGUCUUAAUGGAACUUUUCUACUGUUGCAAGUAACUUCCCAUUUAGCUACAAAGCUUAGAAUCAUUCUUAAAGACAACUGCAGCUAUUAACAAUGAACCAGUAACUCCAAAUGGUUUUGGAUUUCCUGGAAGUACAGGAAUACAAAAGCAAGUUAGCAAAACUCUGUGAAGAUUACACAAACAAUUGUGGCUAAGUUCUGAACAAAGGCAUUUUAUUCAACUUUGGUUCUAUGUUUGAUGGCUUAGUGACAUCUCUGCCCUGGUCCUUGUUUCCUGUGACUCUUAAACUGUGGAAAGAAAGUUUCUUCUGCUGGCAUAAUUAAAACUUAGAAGGUUCCCUGUAGACAACUUUUGGCAGAAAUUGUGCACAUCAGUGAUCACUGAAUAAUGAGAAAAGUGUGUUGUAAUCCCAAGAAAAUUUUCUUAGCACUCAAAAUAUUAGGGGUGAUAGAAAGGAUCAUGCAUACAGUGUGGACCUUACAAUUUGAAAGAGAACUCUAUCACUAAUAAUUAGAUUACCUAGUUCAUCAAAAGAAAUCUAUUUUAAUUGAUGGAGAAAAGUGAAACAUGCAAACAAACUGUAAAGAACCUGAAAUUUAGUUCCAUCUGCUUUUUUUACUUUAGGCUGUUUCUUGGAGAUUUUGUUAAAUCCUAUUUGUUGAUUACCAUCUUAAUAGGCUUAUAACAACUUUUUAAUGUGUUUCAAGGAACAUUUUUUCCCCUUUAUGGUCCCUUUGAUAACAUUUGCAGCAUAUGUGAGGAAUUUUUUCUGUAAAGGAAAUAUGGGUCACCUAAAGAAGUGGUGUUAAUAGAAGGCCUACAAUUGGCUUGAAAUAUAUUUAACCAUCCCCUUACAAAAUAGUAUUUUAAAAAGUAAACCAGCAAAACCCCCAGAACUUUCUAUUGCUUUUGCUCCCUCGCUUUCAGACUGAGUAGGCUAAGUUGGGUGUGCUAACACUUGCCCAAUCCAAUAACACUGCAGAUCAGAGACCAAUUUCUGAACAAUUCUGUGCCUGCCAGAACAUCAGAACUACAUCGUUGCAAGCUUUUGGAAAUAGCUGUUAAAAUAUUGACAUUGUCUUCAAAAGUUUCUGGAUGGCUGUCCUGUUAAAAUAAUACUAACCUGUUUGAUGGAGGCUGCCUACAAUAACUGUUCAAUAGGCUCAAGUGUUGCUGCAUUACUUUGAAGAAUGGGCACUUUGUUGUAAAACUAAUCUUGUUAUGAGACCUCGCGUUGUGGAGGGAAAACUGACUGGUUGUUUUUCAUUCUUUAAACAGCUGUAGUACUCUGUUGGAAUGUGCCUCUGUCAUUCAUUACAAUGCAUGCUAAAAAUAAAUUUUGCAAACUAUGUAGAAAAUAAACUAUUUCUAAUGGGUGAAACCACUUUGAUGUGAGUACAAAACCAUUAAACAAGGAAUGUGCAGUUUUGUGGA